CAGCCCUAGAACAAUUGCCCUCGCGACUUUCCUCCCACCUUCAUUUCUCGUCAAACCACAGUCCUUACAUUCUGACACUUCUCUCUCUCAAAAGUCGCAAAUAUGGCAUGUCCACAUGUUCAAUCAGCAAACCUACGACCUCCAGGUCCUACCCAGAGUGUCUAUCGGGAGGAUUGUACACAGUGCUUUGAUUCCAUUGACGAUGAGGCCGGGCUCGAUGUCUGCCUGGCCUGCUUCAACGGAGGAUGUGCUGGUGAACGAAAUCAUUCUCUACUCCACUACUCAUCUACGGGUCAUCCUCUCGUCCUCAACAUCAAGCGCACUCGAAAAGAAGUCCAGCGGGAUGAACCCCCACCAAAGCUGACAAAACUGGCCAUCGCCGCCGAAACGGAAGAAGACAAAUAUGACACGGCUACCAGGGUGAAGUGCUACUACUGUCAAAUCGAUGACGUGGACAAGAGUUCGGGAAAACUGCCAGAAAUCGUUCAUGGAGUACUGAAUGCCAUGACAUUUGCCAGAAAGGAAGAAGUCAAGGCAUGGGAACAAGAGUUUACACCGUGUGAGCACACGUUGUGUCUGGAGCAGCAUGAAAGCAGACAGAUUGCAUCUCAAGACCUGGGCUCGUGUUCUAAAUGUGAUCUCAAGGAGAAUCUUUGGCUCUGUUUGGCAUGUGGCAACCUUGGUUGUGGUCGGGCGCAAUUUGGCGGUGUUGGUGGCCAUUCUCAUGGUCUGGCACAUGCAACAGAGUCGAGCCACCCUGUCGCCGUGAAACUAGGUUCGAUUACUCCCGAAGGAAACGCCGAUGUAUACUGCUACUCGUGUGACGAAGAGAGGGUUGACACAGAGCUUGCCAAACAUCUUGCUCAUUGGGGGAUCAAUAUUGCCGAUCGACAGAAGACCGAGAAGAGUCUGAUGGAAAUGCAGGUUGAGCAGAACCUCAAAUGGGACUUUUCAAUGACGACCGAAGAUGGUAAAGAGCUAAAGCCUCUGUUCGGGCCAGGUUUCACUGGGUUGAAAAACAUUGGAAACAGUUGCUACCUUGCAAGUACCAUGCAAUGUUUGUUCUCAUUGCCAGAAUUCCAACAACGAUACUAUCAUCCUGAUCAACCGCCACCCACUACUAAUCUACCUGCGGAAGACCUGGAAACACAACUGCGAAAGUUAGCAGACGGGAUUCUCUCUGGCAGGUAUUCUCUCCCGGACAACUGCGCCCAUACUACUCCAGACACCCCCGAAGUUCCGCAUCAGAAAGGGCUCUCUCCCGCUAUGUUCAAGCAUCUCAUUGGCAGGGGCCAUGAGGAGUUCUCAACGAUGAGGCAACAAGACGCGUUUGAGUUCCUCCUUCAUAUGUUCAAACUGGUCAGUCUUUCGAACAACUCAAAACCGGCAGAAGAUCCAGUUCAGUCCUUCCGCUUUGCCCUCGAACAACGUCUAGCAUGUCUCAAUUGUAAACGAGUUCGAUAUCGCAGCGACGAACAAGACAACAUCUCAAUACCAGUACCGGCCCGACGAAAACCGGUUGGCCAGAAUGGGGGUGAUGCUGGGAACCAGACCGAAUUCGAAGCGGUACCGCUAGAAGAAUGUCUGGACAAUUUUACUGGAACGGUUCACGUAGAGUUGACCUGUCCUGCGUGUGGCUCUAAAGCUGGUUUCUCGAAAUCGUCAAAGUUCAAGACGUUCCCAAAGAACCUCGCCAUCAAUCCCCUCCGGUUUGAGAUUAUCAAUUGGGUGCCUACCAAACUUGAUAUCCCUGUUCAGGUUUCGGAUCAACCCAUAGAUCUCAGCAAGUAUAAAUCCCUCGGGCUGCAGCCCGACGAGGAGGAAUUGCCAGAAGAUGCUGAUGUAGGAGGUGCGAGCACAUCAGCAUCAUUUGUACCCAACGAAGGCGCUCUCAGUAUGCUGGAAGGAAUGGGCUUUCCUCGAGUUCGUUGCGAGAAGGCGCUCCAUGCGACUGGAAAUUCAGAUGCAGAUGCAGCCAUGAACUGGUUGUUUGCGCACAUGGAGGACCCGGAUAUCGACGAGCCAUUGAACCUCGGUGGUUCUGGUGGAGGUGGUGCUGGCGACGAUUCAGAGAAAAUUGCUCAACUGGGCGAUAUGGGCAUAAGUGCCCCUCAGGCACGCAAAGCACUUCGGGAGUGUGGCGGCGAUGUCAAUCGUGCUCUGGACUGGGUCUUCAGUCAUCCGGAUGACCAAGGAGAUUUUGGCGAAGAUGGCUCCUCUGGUCCAGCCCAGCAGAAAGUAUUGCCUGGGUCGGAUUCCUUACCAGCCCGGUACGAGCUACAAAGCAUUGCAUGCCACAAAGGAGCCAGUGUUCAUGCCGGACAUUACGUUGCAUUCGUUCGCAAGCCAAUCCCUGGCGAGGGUGCAGAGAAGCAGUGGGUCUUGUUUAACGAUGAAAAGGUCGUAAAGGCAGUGGAUGCAGAGGAGAUGAAGAAGACUGCGUAUGUUUAUUUUCUUUCAUUACUGCCAUGAUGGAAUGGUACGUUUUCUAUGGAUGGAAGAAUAAAAAGAACGAAUUAUGACUAGAACAAAAACCAUUUUGAGGUUCAACAGUGGCCUCGGAGCAAUCCAUAGAGACGCAGUGAGUCCAUGGUCACUCUAUUGACUGCAGCAAGUAGACAAGAUCUUACUAUGAUAUUACAGAAGAGCCGUAGGUCUUAG